AUGUCUUCGUUCCUCAACUUUUAUGCCGCUUCGCUCAAAAAAAACCCCAAGACCACCAAUGCUAUCAUGACGGGCUCUCUCUUUGGCCUGGGGGACGCUCUGGCGCAAAUUUGCUUCCCUAAUCCCCAGGCUAAAGCUACCAGUGUAAAUGGCGAAAAUUCGCCCGCAGGCUACGAUAUUGCGAGAACCGUACGCGCAGUAACAUACGGAUCACUCAUUUUCUCAUUCAUUGGCGACAAAUGGUUUAGAACUCUCAAUGGUAAAGUCAAGUUUGCAAACAAACCGGCCAACCACUGGUCCAACCUCGCUCUGCGUGUAGGAGUGGACCAGCUACUAUUUGCGCCAUCGUGCAUUCCCUUCUAUUUUGGCGUGCUGACGCUUAUGGAGGGCCAAUCGCUACAGCACGCUGAUCAGAAAAUUCGUGCAGUUUGGUGGGAUAUUCUAAAAACAAAUUGGAUGGUGUGGCCAGCGUUUCAGCUAGUCAACUUUUCGCUAGUUCCAGUGCAGCACCGCUUAUUAGCAGUGAACGUUCUCGCUAUAUUUUGGAACACAUUCCUGUCUUACAGAAACUCCGAAGCCAGCCACAAGGACAAUCAACUGCCUGUUGAGUAUCCACCGGUUCCCGAAUAG